AUGCUAAUCAAUCAAUUAGAGUCUCGUGAACGAUUCGAGAACGAAAUAAAUGAUACUAUAAAUCAAUUUCAAAAAAGAAUACCAAUCAGUUUUACUCAAACAUUAGAUCUUAUUCGUAUGACUACACAAGGAAAUGCUCUAUUAGCAAUGUUUUCAUCGAAUUGGAAUUUAAGCAGAGCUGGAAUAGACACAGAAAGAAAUAGUUCAUUUGUUACUAUACCUAUCAUUCAUAACAAUACAGAACAAAAUACAAGUUGUUCUUGUGCUACUUUACAAACUUGCACAGUACCAGCACAUUUAUCUAGUUCUAAUGAAACGAUGAUCAUUGAUGGCAUGGUAUUUGGUUGUUAUUUAUUAGAAACAGUAUUACUUUCAUCAUUGUCUUGUUUCUAUUCUGAAACUUGCAUUAUUAAUGUUCGAAAUUUACUAGGUGCACGUCCUCCUACUUCACAACAAUUAAACGAUUCGUUGACACGAUUCAAUGUCCAUGAUACAAUCGAGACAAUGGCAUAUCAAAUGUUUAUCGAAUCAUGGACAAGUAAUGUAUCUUAUGAAAAUUUUUACGAAAGUUGUUCUCCAAAUUAUUGUGUCUACACAUACCGUUCUCGAUUCGAUGCACCUAAAAUGUUAACUACAUUUUUGAGUGUAUUUGCUGGUUUGUCUUUUGGAAUUCGAUUCGUUGUUCCUUAUCUUGUGAAAAUAUUUCAAAAGAUCAAACGUCGCUUUCGUAUCGAACCAACGCAAUGA